GGAGCAACAAACAUUGCUCAAAGUUUGAGUAGCAAGGAUGAGCACCUGGAUGAUCAUCAGAUUAAUGGAAGAGAUACCAUGUCAUAUGACAUUAAGCAUCAGCUAGAUGCAGAUGCCGUCAAUGGUAUGAUGAAGCAACUAGUGGAGGAGAGCACAUCUAUCAGAGGAUUCAGUCAGGAAGUAGAGCUUUCAGUUCAUGGAAAUCAGUAGUGAUGAGCAGAUUAGUAUGGGAUAUAACACCUUCAUGGGAAAGGAAUGGUUUCAGUCCUGGCAAAGGUGGUAUGGCAGAAGUUCGCUGUGUGUUUAACAAAAUGUGGCCACAGAAUUAUCACACCAUGUCUGUCAUCCACAAGGUAUGCAGUUAUGACACUGGCCCACCUCUAUUUCUAUCACUUAGCCUAGAUGCUCUUAGGAAAUGGGAUCCAGGAAUACUUCUUGUAGUUAAGACUUAUUCAGAGAUGGGUUGGAACUACACUUCCUUGAUACAGUAUGUUGCUACAAAACAAUGGGACCCUGGGAAGGGAAGCAAAUAUUAUGGGAUCAAGGAAUCAGUUUUACGCCUUGCAACUCCAUCCGAGGAACCAUGGGUGUUGCAUCAGGUAACCAUGGGUGCUACGCCACUUUGGGAUCUAGGCAUAGCCAUGCUAACUUUGAUAUUGGUCACUCUUGCUACUGUUAGCUCAUCAGAAUUUGCCAUAUGGAAGUUCCAACAAACACUAAAGGAUCCUACAGUUAGGUACAACUGCUUUGCAAUUCAAGAAUAUGGUUCAGUUGCUCCCACUCAUGUGUGGCGCAACAAUGCUUUCUGUCCUGGUGUUCUUAUCCUUGCUUUUAUAAUUGAGGAAAGGGUGUUUUUCUCACAGUUUUGGAUCAAGGGCUCUCUCAAGAAAGUCUUGGUGUUCGUUAGUAGCGCUCAUUUUUUCGUAACGUACAGAAAGGAGGCAAAAGUUGAUUGUAUUUCCAUUAUUCUGGCAAGGUUGGACGCAUCUUCAGUGAAGCAGUUGGCUUUGUACAAGUGCACUGUGGAGGUUGGCAAACCUGUGGUGCGCAUACUGCUAAACCUCGUGUUGGGAGAUGUCACGUGCAUCAUACAAAAGAGAUUCAGAUUCGCAGUGAACCCUGAUGACAUGAUACAUAAGUUGUAUCUCGGCAACAAUAUACACAUCUAUGAAGGAUCCUUAUGCAUGGUAGUUGUUGACUACAAAGCAGACAAAUGCAUUUUUGAUGUGACAUCCCAGUGUGCAGUCCAGAUACACGGCCAUUUCAUGCUUAGGUGCAGAUGCUCAUUUUCUAUUGUUUUUCUGAUGGAGUUCACCAAUCAGCUUACGGAUCAAGUUAUGCAGAUUCUUUCUUCCUUGUGUUUGCUUGAGGUGUUGCCAACAUACGUAUCAGGUCAUACAUUCGAAGUUGACUUCAAUUUGAAUAAUGUGGCCACUGCAACUACAAAACAAUUGUUCAGCUGGGUCAUUUUGCAUGAUCAGAAUAUGCAUGGAAAUCUCAUGACUCUGGAACUGAAAGUGAAGGCUUAUAUGCAAAUGUGCUGGCAUUGGCAUCCCGACGUACUGCAGUCUACAAUAUGUGGGACCUCAAAAGAGAUGUCAGAGCUUACUUCCGAUAGAAUUCCUACAACUGGAAUUUUUUUCCAGGUUGGAACAAUUGUGGUAUCCUGGAGGUUGGCAAGUAACCCUUGUGCAUUCAAUUUGCACGCUAAAAUUGAUUGCAAGUGCUCGCUCUGUGAUGGACAUUAUGCCACCUCGGAGCAGAGGCGGUUUCAGUCCCGGGGCUCGUGUUUGCACUUGCCUGAUCAAAGAAAUGGAACUGUUUGAAGUGGUGCAGUGGAUGACUAGUAGUGCUCGCUCAAAAACAAUCAGCUUAGAAUACUACUUCCACCUACAGUACAGGUUGUUUGGGUUCAAGAUUCCUCAACUAUGUUGUGUGCUAACGCUUGAUGGAAUGGCCUGGGAUCCUGGGGGAUGUUUCACACUAAUGUUGAGGGGCGCUUGUUGUCUGACUUCUGGGCUGAGCAAGAAUGUUCUAUGUCAUUGUGGGAGCUCUAGUACUGAACUGCUAUCAACAUCCAUUGCUUGGGGACAAGCAAUGUUUUCUGGGGGCGGUAGUGUAACACCCGCACCUAGUCCAGAUUGGGCCAUGGGAUGUUGGGUCGUGGGUCAUAUGGACUUUGGGCCAGUAGGCCUAACCUGCAGCUACAAAAGACAAAGGUCGACAAUGAGAGAGAGUAUCGAACAGAACAAAAGCUUGGCCUUCUUCCUCCCCCAGCUACCUCCUCCCUCUCGUGCCAGACGAGUGUCUCCUAUCUCUCUAAUUCUCCUGCUACUCUACCUUGAUCUGUGCUCUUCCCAUCCUUGAUUCUUUUCUCUGAAUUGUAUCCUGUUGUGAACCUUUGUUUGGUGAAUAUAUUCAUACACUGGGAACACUUGUAUCCA